AUGGCUAGAGAAAGCACCGCGCCAAUGGAGCCCCUCACUCCAGGGGGAAAACCAAACACCCAGCCUCACCCCGCACAUGUCCAGGAACCUGAAUUCGGAAAACCCUCGCCGAUCGGCCCCCCACAACACAGAUCAAACCAUCUUUUCAACAUUCCAAAGCCAAAUCAAUCCCGUGCCGAACAUCAUCGGCCCGCCCCUCGACCACAGCCCCAACAGCAGCCACAAUCGCGCCACCAAGGGCAGUCAAGUGCUACGCCUCACGCUUAUCGCCCACCGGGCACUUCGGGUGCCCCAAUCGCUACGCCGUCGGUGAAACGUAGCGAGCCAUGGGAUCCAUUCAAGCCGGUGGCACCAUCAGCCUACAACAACCCUCGCGGAGGAUUCCAGCAUGGUGCAGUGAGUAUCAAGCGCCCUGAGAAUGUCACUUGGACAACUCCUCGGGCCCCUCGGCCUAUCUAUCAAUCCAAGCCUGUUCCACCGAUGGCAGGCGCGUCGAAGAACAUACAAAAAUUUAUAGAUCUCACACGCGACGACACCGAUCCUGUUCCAAGGGCAUCAGCCUAUGCGCCGCCGAGCUUCGGGGCCAUGGAUAUGAAUGGCUAUGUAGAUACGGCUAUGGCAAACGAGAACAUCAAAGCUUUGCUUGAAGGUGCAUUCGAGGACGAGGAGGACAAGGCUGAGCCGAAACCUAAAGGCAAGAAGAAGAAGGGUGGAAAGAAGUCCAAGAAGACGUCACAGAAGAAGCAGAAAGAUGAAGUCGUUGUGGACAAGAAGAAGGAGCAAGCGAUUGACGACCUUGAUGAUCUUGCUGCUCAACUUCAAGGGGUCACAGUCAACGACCCGAAGGAUAAUGAUGCCAAGUCUGAACACGAUUCAUCUGCCAAGGUCGAGCAAGGCGAUGAAGUUGCCCAGCUAGAUGAAGAAGACGACGAGGUAGCAGAGGAAGAAGAAGAGGAGGAAGAGGAAUCAGACGAUGAAGAUGAUGGAGUCGUCGAAGGCUUAAAAGUUACCCUCCUUCCCCAUCAAAUUGAAGGUGUGAGAUGGAUGUGUGACAAAGAGACUGGCCGAAAGACGUCCAAAGGAAUUUUCCCCAAAGGCGGAAUCCUUGCAGAUGAUAUGGGUUUGGGCAAAACAGUGCAAGCGAUUGCUUUGCUGCUCAAAAACCGUAAAUCCGACCACGAACACAACGAUGGGACCACCGAAUCUGAGGGCAAGACGACAAAGCUACCCCCAAACUGCAUUCCCUCCACUUUGGUAAUUGCGCCUCUUGCACUCAUCAAGCAAUGGGAGGCAGAAAUCAAGGAUAAAGUUGAGCCGUCCCACAAGCUGCGUGUUUGCAUCUAUCACGGUACAACACGCGCAAAGACUUCGACAACGUUGGACAAGUACGAUGUUGUGAUCACAACGUAUGGAACCCUUACCUCCGAAUUCAACUCAUCAGCAUCGGACAAGGUCAAAAAGGCGGGCAUUUUCGCAGUUCAUUGGUACCGUAUCAUUCUUGACGAAGCACACACAAUCAAGAACCGCAACGCCAAAGCAACACAGUCAGCAUAUGCAUUGGAUGCCCAAUACCGCUGGUGCUUGACAGGAACGCCAUUGCAAAACAACCUGGAUGAGUUGCAGAGUCUGAUCAAAUUCCUUCGGGUGAAGCCCUAUGACGAGUUGGCUGCAUGGAGAGAUCAAAUCAGCCGGCCUCUGAACAAUGGCCGUGGAGGUCUCGCUAUUCAGCGACUACAAGUCUAUCUGAAGGCCUUCAUGAAACGGCGCACCAAGGAUGUCCUCAGACUCAACGACAAUGUGAAACCUGGUGAAGAAGGGCCAGACGGCAAGCCAAAGAAGUCCUCGAAUGGAUUCCACAUCACCAAGCGUGAGGUCAUUAAGGUGGCCGCAGAAUUCAUGCCUGGCGAGCUAAACUUCUACAAACGUCUCGAACAGCGGACGGAUAACAGUCUUGAGAAAAUGAUGGGUGGUGCUAAGGUCGAUUACGCUGGAGCUUUGGUUCUGCUGUUGCGUCUUCGCCAGUCUUGUAACCACCCAGACUUGGUCAAGGGUGAUUUGGCCAAGGACAAGGAUAUCCUUUUGCAGAAUGGCAGUACGAACAGCCAGCCAGGACAGUCAAAACCGGAUGACCUUGAUAGCAUCGCCGAUCUUUUCGGAGCAAUGAGCGUUGUCGCAAAGAAAUGCGAUGUUUGCCAAACGGACCUGAGUCCAAGCGAAAUCAAGGCCGGUGGCAGCCGAUGUGGUGAAUGUGAAGCCGACCUGAAUACCAAUGUUAUGGGCACAGAUAAAAAGAAGAAGAAGAAGUCGAAGAAGAGCCACAAGAAGCUUGACGUUCCGGACUCCCCGUCAGCCCGCAAAUCCGAUGCACAAAUCGCUCGUUCUCGAAAAAAUCGUCGAGUCAUUAUCGACAGUGACGACGAAGAUGAAGAAGAAGGCGAUUGGGUUGUACCUGACGAUCAGCGCAAGAUGCCCAACCUCGGAAAAGCAGGUGGUUCCGACGACGAGAACGCUGAAGGAGGCGGUGAAUGGCUCGUUUCGGACGAUGAAACCGAUGAUGAGAUCGAAUCGCCCUCCAGAAGGAAGAGCAACCCCAUCAUUCUAAGCGAGUCCGAGGAUGAAAGCGAUUCCGAAGCGGAGGACAUCUACAACGAUGAAGGAGAAAACGGAGAGCUUCCAUCCACGAAGAUCCGCCAUCUUAUGCGGAUUCUCAAUCGCGAAGCACCAGACUUCAAGUUCAUUGUUUUCUCGGUCUUUACAUCCAUGCUUGAUAAGAUCGAGCCCUUCUUGAAGAGUGCUAAUAUUGGCUUCGCCCGCUACGAUGGUGCAAUGACAAAUAACCACCGCGAGGCCAGUCUCGAAAAGCUCCGAAACAACAGUGGCACUCGUGUGCUGCUCUGCAGUCUGCGUGCCGGUGCAUUAGGCCUCAAUCUGACAGCCGCUAGCCGCGUCGUCAUCUUGGAGCCCUUCUGGAAUCCCUUUGUGGAGGAGCAAGCCAUCGAUCGUGUCCAUCGCCUGAAUCAAACCAUUGACGUGAAAAUCUACAAGAUGGUCAUCAAGGGUACCGUGGAGGAACGCAUUGUUGCCCUGCAGGACCGCAAGCGCGAACUGGCCAAUGCCACCAUCGAGGGCAAGACUGGCGCUGGCAAGCUCACCAUGCGCGACAUGAUGGCUCUCUUCGGCCGUGAUGCAGAAUCCCGAUUCACGGAUAACCAAAGUACCCUGGACUUCAACCAGCCUACUCGACUACUGAAUACUGGGGAUGAGACUGAGCCUGUUCAUUCCUCCUCUCAAGAGUCAACACAGUCUGGCCCACGCAGUCGUGGAAACGAGGUCCAGCCUAACCGGCCACGAAAUGAAGACUCGGUUUAUGGUCGACGCUGGUAA